AUGGACAACAUGACGUCUGAGGACAACAUGACGUAUGGCAACAACACGGAUAACUAUACCAGCUCGAAUGGCAGCUGGUACGACAACUCUAGCGACCAGAAGGACAACAUGACGUAUGACGACGGCAACAUGUCGGGUUCUUACGGCAACAACACGGAUAACUAUACCAGCUCGAAUGGCAGCUGGUACGACAACUCCAGCGACCAGAAGGACAACAUGACGUAUGACGACGACAACAUGUCGAGUUCUUACGGCAACAACACGGAUAACUAUACCUGGUACGACAACUCCGGCGACCAGAAGGGCUGCGAUCUGGCCGUGCUGGAGACGUGCAAUGCCUCCGUGCACAAUGUCAGCGCCUACGUGAGCUCCGUCAACAUCAGCGCCAUCAAUGGCACGGAGGCGUACGACAUGUGCAUGAUGUGGAUCAGCGCUGAGGCAUGUCUGAACGCAUCCGGCUGCUGCGACUAUUAUUUCGAUGACGACAAGAACUUUCUCCCGGCUAACCUGAUGCAGCAGGGAAUGCCCAACUGCUCCGAGAUCGUCCCGCACACGCCCGCCUGCUUCCAGGGGGACCGCGACCAUGACGACCAUGGCUAUGACGACGGCCAUGGAGGCGGCUCCAACUACAGCAACGGCUCUGGCGAUGGAGUUGGAGGCAACGGCUCUCAGCACCAGGAACAGAUUCCCCUUAACAGCCUCACCCCUGCAUCUGACUUGGACUGUGAUUCCCUCCAGUACCCGGUGCUUGAGUGGGAGUGGCGCGGUGGAUGA